ACUCUUUGGUAGGUUUGGUUGCAGCGCGCAGAGUAAAGAUGGCCGCCUCCAAGUGCUCUCGCCUCUCAGGUGAACUCUCUCGCCGGUUCCUGGCGUCGGUAGAUACGGUUCUUUUCGAUUGCGAUGGCGUCUUGUGGCGGGGAGACGAGGCCGUACCCGGGGCACCGGAGCUUAUUAACGAGUUAAAACGGCAGGGGAAGCGGGUGUUUUACCUCACCAAUAACAGCACCAAGACCCGAGUCAUGUACGCGGACAAGCUGGGCCGGCUGGGAUUCCGGGCAGCGGCGGAGGAAGUGUUUGGCACGGCUUACUGUACGGCGGUCUACCUCCGGGACAUAGUCCAGUUCAGGGGGAAGGUGUACCUGAUCGGAGGCCGGGCCCUGAGCCAGGAGCUGGAGGGGGCUGGGAUCCCUCACCUGGGACCUGGGCCUGACCCGGUAACCGGGGGGUUCAGCGACUGGGCCGGGGUGGCGAAGGACCCCGAUGUCAAGGCUGUGGUGGUUGGCUUUGAUGAGCACUUUAGUUACAUGAAGCUGAACUGGGCUCUCCAGUACCUGCAGGACCCCUCCUGCCUCUUUAUUGCCACCAACACCGACACCAGAUUGCCCCUGGAGGGGGGCAGAGCUGUACCAGGUACCGGUUGCCUGGUGAGGUCCGUGGAGACCGCAGCCCACCGGAAAGCCCAGGUAAUCGGCAAGCCGAGCUCCUUUAUCUACGACUGCGUGGUCAAGGAGUGCGGACUGGAACCCAGUAGAACCGUGAUGGUUGGAGAUCGGCUGGACACGGAUAUCCAGAUGGGUUCAACGUGUGGAAUCCGUACUCUUCUGACCCUCACAGGCUUCUCCAGCCUUGAAGAUGCAAAAUCUCACCAGGAGAACGGGUCUUACUCCAUGGUUCCGGAUUAUUACGUAGACUCUGUUGCAGACCUGUUACCGGCACUGUCUGAGCAGGAUCAUUAAAUCAGUAUUUUCCCCCCCGAGAGCAUCGAUUGGGCAGAGAUAUUACCCAUUUUUAAUUUAUGCAGCAAAGAGAUCCCACCGUCUUCUGCUCCACACCUCGGCUCUGUAGUAACCUUACAAGUUAUGGGGUUACCUGUUCGGCAUUAGUUUACAGUUAAUCAGUGAAAAAAAUUAUUAUAUAUAUAUAUAUUUAUUUUGUAUGAUUGCGCUGCUGGCGCUCCUCUUUUAAUCUUUAGCGUUUUAAUGGGGCGAGCAGGAAAUAUAAUGGCAAAAAUAAUUCUAUGCAAUGAAAAUGUUCAACAACCUUUCAGCUUUUUUUUUAAAGAUAUAUUUAGUGAGAAAUCUCAUCGUUGGACUCCGUUAUGCUCGGGUAAUUUAUUUCUCAUAAAAUUCACACCGGUUCUGUAAUUCAAAUGAGCUGCAAGAACAACAAACAAGCAGUUA